AUCGACAUGAUGUUGAGAACCACGAUGUCUAAUUUUUAUUCAAGCUGUCAAAAAAAAUUAAAAUGUUAAAAUGGCCACGUCUGCUCCGGACGAAAAUUAUUUUUCAAAAACCGUAAACGAAAACGACAAAUUAGAAUGGGUUCCGUUUUCUUUAACAUUAGUGGAAUAUCCUCAAGGGGAUAUUAUCGGCAAAUUUUUAGCGUUUAUAAGUCUUGCUCCGUUCGGUAUCGGCUCGGGUUUUUUAACAUUAAUAUUAUUUAGAAGAGAUUUACACACCAUCACAUUCUUUAGUGGGACAAUACUCUGUGAAAUGUUGAAUUACUUUUUAAAACAUGCGAUACAAGAAACAAGACCUAUGGCAAGAAAUGUUGUUUAUAAUGAGUACGGGAUGCCUUCAUCUCAUGCCCAAUUUAUGUGGUUCUUUGCUACUUAUGUUAUUUAUUUUGUAUUUAUAAGAUUACAUCAUAUGAAUAAUAAUACUAUAAUGGAAAACGUUUCAAAAAUAUUAAUUAUAUCCUCUUCUACAUUGGCAGCAGUUUUAGUGUGUAUAAGUAGAGUUUAUUUACAAUAUCAUACAAUCACACAGGUUAUUUGUGGAGCUUUUGUUGGUGCAUUAUUUGCCACAGUUUGGUUUUCAUUGACUUAUUUGGUUUUUACACCUUUAUUUCCAAGAAUUGUUACUUGGAAAAUAUCAGAAUUUCUUCUUUUACGUGAUACAACAUUAAUUCCAAAUGUGCUGUGGUUUGAGUACACAAAUACAAGGCAGGAAGUUCGAGCUCGUAGCCGAAAAUUGGUCAGCAUGAAAUCACAAUGACAUCUACUAAACGAUCGUUUCGAUUUCGUUCCGUUCGCGAGAUUCGUUAAAUGUUUUAAGUUGGUUGUUUUUUGGCCAAGAAAACGGUAAAAAAAAAGAAAAUAAAAUUCUUCCGGAACAUUCGAGACGUUAAUUAAAACAAAGCAAAGAGAAAUAAGUGACAAAAAGUUAUUAAUUAUUUUUCUUUUUAAGAUUAAGUGCAAUUUAAUUCUAUUUUUUUUGUUAAUAAAGUUUGGAGCAAUACUUUUUUUAAAACAAUUUUUUAAAGUAAUUAAAAAAGAAAGAAAACGAGAUUUAUAGUACAAUUUAGAGAGCUAUUAUUACUCAAGAAGCAAUCUACAGAAGCUGCUUUUAUUAGUGUUUAAUGUUUCCUUAAAAAAUAAAGACGAUAUUGUAUCCACUGUGUGGAAUUUAAAGAGCUUAUACAUAACAUAAAAAUACAAAAAUAAUGAUAAACAUAAAGCUAAAAUAAAGCUGCUAAUAAUUUAACUUAAUUCAUUACAUUUUAUUAACAUUAUUACUUUUUUCACCCUUGUUAUGUGAUAUAGGACGGUUUUUUAAAUAAUUUAUUUUAAUACAGUUAAUAGACUCUGAUAAUUAUUAUAAAAAAAUAUUAAUUAAGUAGUGCAAAUAUGUACUUAACUGACUGAUUGUUAAAAGGAAUGAAGCAACAUUUAAAAUUUAAAAAAGAUAUUGCAUUGUUCCUAUUUAUUAUGGUUUCUUGUAAUUUUAGCCCUUUUUGUUAAAAUAAACUUGUAUAAUUGGU